AUGACCACUCCAAUUGAGCUCAUAGUACUUGUCACCUGUGGCAUUGCGUCCGACGAACUGGGCAGCGGCGAGCCGGAACGAGGUGGAAUAGCACCUCCUCCGCUUCCAGUGGGCCCCACAUCGGGCUUCUUUGUGACCGGUGGUGUGACUUGUUUUUCUAUCUCGUCUCCCACCUCGUCUCCUACCUCUUCCAACGAGCCUGAACCAGAAGCAGAAGCGCUGGCGGAAUCACUGGCGAAAUCGCUGGACGUUGCCAAGUCCGACGUAGUGGUUAGUGUAGCCAAUGUCGAGUCGACGGUUGAAGAGUCGACGGUUGAAGAGUCACCACGGUUGAAGAGUCAACAGUGGAGUCUAAUGACAUUAUAG